AUGAACGCCUCUCUUUCUGUGGUCCGCGCGGCUAUGCAACACGGUCGCCGCCCCCUCUGGACCUUGUCGACGUCGACGCCGAGAAUCGCCGCCACCGCCUACCACUCGUAUCCGCUGCCCACCCCCGAGCCCCUGCCGCGUGUCCACGAGACUAGGCCGCCGCCGCCGUCGCCUUCAGAGCCGGCCGCCGCCGCCACGGCGCUCCAAACCUCGUCGCAACAGCCGCUGCCCAAAGUGGUGGGGACGGAUGCCGCGCCGGCCGCAAAGCCCAAGGCCGCGAGGCCCCGGCCUAAGCUGCGUGCCCGCAAGGCGGCCAUACGGCUGACACCAGCCGCCGUGGAGCAGCUACGCGCCCUCCUCGACCAACCGGAGCCCAAGCUCAUCAAGGUGGGCGUGCGAAACCGGGGGUGCAGCGGUCUGGCGUACAACCUCGAGUACGUCGACAAGCCCGGCGCGUUCGACGAGACGGUGGAACAAGACGGCGUCAAGGUGCUCAUCGACAGCAAGGCCCUGUUCAGCAUCAUCGGCAGCGAGAUGGACUGGGCCGAGGACAAGCUGAACCAGCGAUUCGUGUUCAAGAACCCCAACAUAAAGGAGCAGUGUGGCUGCGGCGAGUCAUUCAUGGUAUAG